AUGGCACCGUCAACGAAGAAACUGAAUGAACGUAAAGUCACGAAGUACAUCAAACAACAUCCAUACUCUCGUGGAUGGUGUUGCAAUUGUCACUGUACAGGUGUUCGCUCAAAUUAUCGCCAAUAUAUUGACGUUGAUGAAUUAAUUUGGAAACUUUUAAAUAUCCAAAAACAUAACCAAGUCACGAGAAGAACGUGGCCACUAUCUCGAAGAAGAAUGCCACGCGAGAGAAAUGUGCAUUAUCGGAAUUUAAGUUUAUCUCCGUACGAGAGAGAUUCGAUAUCACGUGUAAGCUCGGAAUCCGGAACACCCUCUCUGGAGAAUCUAACCGAACCGACGGAUGUUUCCAGUGGUUGCUCGGCUACACCUUAUUUCGCUAACGAUGAUUUCACUAAUUCCUAUCUGGAAAAUAUUGGUCAACAAUGUUCGAUAGAUACCAACAGAGCUUUGUUUAAGAAAAGAUCCAUCGUCCAGAUCAUUAACAAUUACAUCAAGGCUGGCAUCGAAGAAGGUAAACGACAAGCAAAAAUAUAUAUUCGCAAGGCACUCAGAUUCGGCGUUAAAUCAGGAUACUUGAUACCUACGGAUCCUCAAGGGCAAGUACUUCAAAUAUCUCCUACCUUGGCAAACCCAAGACAAAUCGAGACGCAGUUGCGAAAAAAAAAAAGACAUAUCCGUAGAAUCAAUGAUAACAACGGUCUUGAAUUGGUUCAACGAAAGAUGAUACGAAAGAACACUUUAUCGCGAAAUGUUAAAAAUAGUGACGAAUCGAGCAAUAGGAAACCUAAACGAAAAGAUUUGAAACCCAAACGUCAAGGUAUUAGAAAAAACGAGGAGAAAUCGAAAAGAAAUAACUCCGAUAAGGAUUUAACUGACAAAAAGAAAGAUAAAGAU